AUGACAAACACAAGAAGAUCUCAUGCAAGUUAUAACUCACAAGACAGAGUAACAGAUGAUAUCAGUGAUGGUCGUGAUCACAAAAUCUGGGACUGCGAGAGUCCACUCUACGAUGCGUGCGAACUCGUCUCUUUUGCUCACAUCAUCGAACGCAAAUUACUGCCUUUCACUCCUCACACUCGGCCAGCAGGUUUGAGUCUGCGAGCUCUGAUGGAUAAGGAUAAAGACGACUACUCUACUGCUAACGAGACGACGACCCGUUCUGGGAGGAGACAUUGGUGGAGCAGAAAGAAGAAUGAAGAAACACAUGAAGAAGACAAGACAAACAAAACGUUUGGUAGUAUUUUUUGGUGGAAUUCGUGGUACAAGAAAUUGUUUGUCUAA